CUGUCAGCGGGCAGUCCGGCUGUGGGCACCGCGGCUAAAGCAGAGAGCAAGACCAAAAUAAAGCACGAUGUCCCUGAGAACGGCUGCUCGCACCAGCACGGUGGUAAAGACCUUCAUAUCCCAUUCGAAAAGGAUGUCGAGAGCCCUGUUGUGUACUUCACCAACAUAUCCAUUGGUGGACGAGACUAUUCCUUCAACAGUGAUGGCUACCUGUCCAAUCCGCUGCUCGACGUGAUCUCCUACACUAAUGGAAGAGGCUGGGAGGAGGUUGGCUGGUGGGAGAAUGGACACCUGCGCCUCCGUUACCACCCCUGGUCUCGUUAUGGCUCAUUUUUGAAGCCCCUCGAUGACUCCCAGCACCUCCGAGUUGUCACUCUGGAAGAGCGGCCCUUUGUCAUCGUGGAGCCUGCUGAUCCCGGGACCAGCUCCUGCAUCCGAGACUCUGUCCCCUGCCGCAUGCCUGUCAACUCCAGUUUGGUGGUGGAUAGCACCGGGCCCAUGAAGCACUGCUGCAAAGGCUUCUGCAUCGACGUCCUAAAGCGCCUGGCAAAGAUUGUGGGCUUCACCUACGACCUGUACCUGGUGACAAAUGGACGACAUGGCAAGAAUAUUGAUGGGGAAUGGAACGGCAUGGUGGGAGAGCCGCAGCCGCUGCUGCCAGAGAUGACCGGAGGUGGAACUUCAUGCUGGACUGUGACCAUGCGGCCUUUUGGGAAACGCAUUUUUGAUGAGGAGCGAAACUACUUCAAGCUGGCUGACAUGGCCAUAGGAUCUCUCACCAUCAACGAGGAGAGGUCAGAGGUCGUGGAGUUCUCCGUCCCGUUCGUGGAGACUGGAAUCAGCGUCAUGGUGUCUCGAAGUAAUGGCACCGUGUCACCUUCUGCUUUCCUCGAGCCCUACAGCCCCGCAGUGUGGGUGAUGAUGUUUGUGAUGUGCCUGUCAGUGGUGGCUGUCACCGUCUUCAUCUUCGAGUUCUUCAGCCCCGUGGGAUACAACCGCAGCCUGCAGAGCGCCAAGAAGUCGGGUGGGUCAAAGUUCACCAUUGGGAAGUCCGUCUGGCUGCUGUGGGCGCUGGUUUUCAACAACUCGGUGCCUGUGGAAAAUCCCAGAGGAACCACCAGCAAAAUCAUGGUGCUGGUGUGGGCCUUCUUUGCUGUCAUCUUCCUGGCCUCCUACACUGCCAACCUGGCUGCCUUCAUGAUCCAAGAGGAGUACAUUGACACAGUGUCAGGGCUGUCGGAUAAAAAGUUCCAGCAGCCCACCGAGCAGUACCCGCCGCUGCGCUUCGGCACCGUGCCCAACGGCAGCACCGAGGAGAACAUCCGCUCCAACUACCCCAACAUGCACCAGUACAUGAUCCGCAACAACCAGAAGGGUGUGGAGGAGGCCAUCGACAAUCUCAAGACCGGAAAGCUGGAUGCCUUCAUUUACGACGCCGCAGUGCUGAACUAUAUGGCCAGGAAAGAUGAGGGCUGCAAGGUGAUGACCAUCGGAUCCGGGAAGGUGUUUGCCACCACGGGCUACGGCAUCGCCCUGCACAAGAACUCUCGCUGGAAGCGCCCGCUGGACCUGGCUCUGCUGCAGCUGGUCGGAGACGAUGAGAUUGACAUGUUGGAGCGUCUCUGGUUGUCAGGUAUCUGCCACAAUGAUAAGAUCGAGUUUGGCUCUCCUCUCCCGCAGGUGAUGAGCAGUAAGCUGGACAUUGACAACAUGGCAGGAGUGUUCUACAUGCUGCUGGUGGCCAUGGGCCUCAGUCUGCUGGUGUUUGCAUGGGAGCAUCUGGUGUACUGGAAACUACGGCACUGUGUGAAGAAGUCCGGUGGGAUGGACUUCCUCCUGGCUCUCAGCAGGGGAAUGUACAGUUGCUGCCAGUUUGAGGAUGAGACAGCACCAGGAGGAGGCAAGAGCUCUCUGCCCCAAUACCACACUGUGACCACGAUGCCUACUGUCCCCCAGCAGCACCUGGUGACGGCCCCACUGAACAACACAACAGCCAUCGCCAUGGUUCAGCAACAGCAGCAGCAGAAGCAUCACCAACAGCAACUGGGGCAAACAUACACAACUAUGUUACCUGGAUCGCCACCCAAUACAGGACAUUCAGCAAUGGCUUUGGGCCCAUCAAACAGCCCCUUACUGGAAGGUCCAAUGCCCUGCUCCACCUUUUUGCCUCGCCAUGAUCGCAGGCUGGCUGUUGUCGAUCGCUGGAACCGGCCAAAACCUGAGAAAGUCAUGAGUGCAGGCAGCAGUGGAGGGGUGGGUGUAGGGGGGAUUGCAGGGGGGAUCACUGAACUACAGGCCCAACAACAAUAUCAGCAAAACCUCGGACAGCACUGGAGUUUGCAAGGGGGAGUUGCGGGAGGAGGAGGAGGUGACACAGGGCUAGAUGAAUACAAGCGUUACUAUGGUCCUAUAGAUCCAGAGGGCCUGGGAGCCAACACGGACCAGCAGACAGGGGGUCCUCAGCAGACUCCCAAAGCCAAUCCUCGAGGCCUUAAAGCCUCAGGGAUGCCACGGCCGCCUCCUAAAGGUCCCCAGCAAGGCCAGGGACAUUUAAUCCCCAAGCCACCUCCACUGAUGCCAUCAUCUCCACGAAGGCCGCCCUUCUGGAGACGGGGAAGUCUAGCUCAGGCAAGGAGAAAAGGCUCAGGAGGCCCCCUGUAUGAGAACAUACUCCCUCUGGGGAGACGAGGAGGUGGGAGAUAUGGAGCGAGUGAUGGAGGUGGAAGGAGGGGACGCCGACCGCCUCCGCCCCCUCCUCUCCCGGUCCCCCUUUCUUCUCCAACACACACCCCCACCACUCCUUCCUCUCCUUGCCGUUUCUAUUCAUCCUGCUCCAGUGCCUCCUCCUCCUCCUCUUCAUCUUCAUCAUCUUCAUCCUCCUCUUCAUCAUCUGUUUCGCUUUCCCGGUCAAACUCCCCCUCUUGCUCCAGUGACAGCUCAUACAACUCCUCACUGAGUUUCCGUUACCGAGCAGGUGAUCGGGAUUUAAUGGUAGACGACGAAUAUGACUCGGACCUUCUCACGGAGGAGUCGAGCCUCCUUCUGGGCUCUCGGAGGAAAAUUCGCUCCCGGCGCAUGUCGUCUCGCUCACUGCCAUGCAGCCCGCCACCUCCUCCCGUCCCACCACGGAAACCAAAACCACAGAGGGUUUACGGGAGAGAGAGAACGGGCAGCCAACUGGCCCAAUUACAGGAGUGGUGGGCCUCGUGGGGUGACAGAGAGCGGGGGAGGGGAGGGACAACCCCCAGAGCAAUCGGAGGGGUCGGUCGAGAGGAGAAGAGACACCACAAAGAGAGAGAACGCGAAAGGAAGAGAAGAAAGAAAGGCCGAAAAAAGAAGAAAAGGGAGGAAAGAGAGAGGGAAAGGGAGCGGAAGCGACGCAAAGCAAAAAAGAAAAGGAAGAAAGACGACAAGAUGAAGAAAAGAGAGCGAAAGAGGUCAGAGCAAGAGGGCGGAGAUCCUGAGAAAAGAGAGGAACUAAAAUCAGGAACACCGGACUUCCCGUCAUACCCGCCUUUGAGACGAGAGUCAUUUCGGAAAAAGAGUGAGAGUUCAAUUAGGAGCUAUGGAUGGAACAUACCGGGGGAAGAUGAGAGGAAGGAACGAGAAGAGAAAGAGAGGGAUGAAGGGGAAGACAGCAGGAUAAAGGAAAGACAGCCCAGAAGAAGGAACAGCAAGCAUUAUCAUGGCGCCAGUUGUAAACCUUCUACAUCUGUCAAGUUCUGGGGAGGAGGGAAUCCAUCUUCUGACGCCACCCCAUCUGCCUUUCUUCCUUUGUUACCUGUUUCCUCCAAAAGGAGGAAGAGUAAGAGUUCAGACAGAGACGCCGCAGGAAUAGAGGGUGAGAGGAGACCAUUGUUGGGUCGGAAUGAAAGAGGUGAGAUUCCCCCCAAAGAGGGCCUGUCCUUCCAUGAGUGGGAGUCUGAAAUGGAGGAUGUGGAGGAUUCUGAGCCAGACAGAAGAAAAGCAGAGCAUGGGAAAAGGCGAGGAGGAAGGACUAUAUCUGAUGAAGAAAGAGAAAGGGAUAAAGUAGUUGGGAUUUACUCCGAUGAUGAUGGAUCCUCUGGAGAAUUUGGAAAGUUUGAGAGGUACUGGGAAGAUCACGAAGGAAGAGCAGUGGGAGGGAUUGGAGGGGGUGGUUGGUUUUUCAGUACUUAUCCCUCAAGGGACAAAAGUGGCAGCAUCAACAGUAGAGACGACCUGUUCCUGGAGCGUGGAGACAGGUGGGGAACGGCAGAGAGUGGCUGGGGUUCCAGUGCAGGUGGUGGUGGCAGGGCAGAGAGAGGGUGGGGAUCUGGUUCUCACUGGCCUCCACCUCCUCUCACCCCGCCACCUCCACGCCGGUAUUGGUCAGUGGAUAAACUCCACAUUCAGGACGAGAAGAAGAGUAAGCGUAAGUCGAAAGACAAGGGAAGAGGGCACGCGGCCUGCUCCUCCUACCAUUCCCCAAGGCGACAUGCUCACCCCUCCAAAUGGGCCGGGGUGACAUCACGAAGCCAGGAGGAGCUGUACCACCACUGCCAGAGUUUUGGUGGUCCUUCAAAGCCCAAACACGACUCCUCAUCCAAACCCGACCGAUCACACAAUCCAUCUAAAUCUGGCAGCCAGACAAACCUCAGUAUCCAGCAACGAACACAGAGAACAGACAGGGAUCGAGAUAGAGGGAGACAGCCAUCCCCACCUCAGUCUCUCAUACCCAACUUGCCACCACCACUUCCUGCUCUCCCAGCUCCGCCUUCAUCAUCUCACUCUAUCCAUGCUCCUCCCCACACCUCUUCUUCUUCUAUAUCGUCCCCCUCUGUGGUCUCGUCCACACAGGGUGCCCCCCAGGCCUCCUCCAUGGCUUCGGCAAGUGCUAAACUGCAGUACCAGAGACUGCGCUCUGUUCCCCAGCCCCAGAGAUUUCCUCCUUCUCCUCACUUACCCCUCAAAACCAAGAGCCUUUGCUCCCGGAGAGGCUCAGCCCAUUUCUCCAGCGUGGAGAGUGAAGUCUGA